AUAGAACGCAAAUGAAUCAUGUAGAAAGAACCAUCUGUUCAUGAAUCGCUCACUGCGACUCUGAGGAAUCGAGUGAUGCUGAUUCAAACGCUGAUUCAGGUGGUAAAGUUUUAAUCGUCGUUCCCCGUCUACGAAAUAAAUAACAAUAACAACUUUACGAAGGGGAUGGAAGCUUGUAAGCCAGAGUUAAUUGUUCUUACAGGGUUUGGUCCAUUCCGACAAUACCUGGUAAAUCAAAGUUGGGAAGCAGUUAAGGGCUUAAAGAGAAUGGGCCUUGGAGCAAACAUUGAGAUUCAUAUUGUUGAGAUUCCUGUGUGUUACUCAAAAGCUCAACAAGCUAUUGCUGAAAUAUGGCACAAUCUGAAACCAAAGGUUGCUAUCCAUGUGGGCAUAGCUUCAGGAACCAAAUGUAUUAUUCUGGAACAGACAGGCAAGAACAGUGGCUAUAAAGACAGGGAUGUGUGUGGUGUCUGCCCAGCUGAUAACUGUUGUAUUCAAGGAGGAGCAGAACGACUGGAUUCCAUAAUAGACAUGAGGUCAAUUGCCAAGUGCUUGAAAGGGCUUGGACUGGAUGUGAUCUACUCUAGGGAUGCUGGGAGGUACCUGUGUGAUUUUGUGCUCUAUCACUCCCUCCAUUAUGGGCAAAGGAGAGCAGCACUCAUCCAUGUGCCUGCCUGUACCUGCCUGGUGAGCCCAGAAAAAUUGGUGUAUCAGCUUCAGACCAUUAUCCAGGUCAUGUUAUGCCAGUUUGAUGCACAAAGCAUCUGACCGACAGCAUGAGAAUGCUGAUGCAGACAA